UUUCACUCUCAUUUUCUUUCCCGCAUUUUCUACCACUUUCCCUCAAUUCCAAACAAAACUACUUUUACUCAUCAUCGUAGAGGCAAGAGAGAGAGAGAGAGAGAAAUGGAAAACCAUAACGAUCUAUCAAACCACCCGCCGAAACCCAGAACCGUCUGCUGCAUCGGCGACAUCCACGGCUACAUAACCAAGCUCCGAAACCUCUGGUCGAACCUCGAAACCCUAAUCCCUCCGCCGGACUUCCAAACCGCCCUCGUCAUCUUCCUGGGCGACUACUGCGACCGGGGCCCUGACACUCGCCACGUCAUCGACUUCCUCGUCGGCCUCCCCUCCAGGUACCCAAACCAAACCCACGUCUUCCUCUCCGGCAACCACGACCUCGCCUUCGCAGCCUUCGUCGGCGUCCUCCCGCCGCCGCGCGACGGGUCGGGGUUCUCGGAGACGUGGCAGGAGUACGCGGCGAGCGAGGAGAGAGAAGGGUGGUUUAAGGAGGAAGGGGUUUAUGAGGACAUGCAUUUGCAGGGUAGGAGGUGGGCUGGGACGAUUAGGGUUAGGUUUAAUGCCGUGAAGGGGACUGAGUACAAGGGUUCGAUUUACGAUGCCGGCACGACAUUCGAGUCGUACGGGGUGCAACAUGGUUCUGCUGACUUGAUAAGGGCAGUCCCUGAUGAACACAAGAAGUUUCUUGCUGAUCUAGUUUGGGUCCAUGAAGAGGAUGAUGUCUGUUUAGAAACCGAGGAAGGAAUCAAACACUGUAAACUGAUUGCUGUGCAUGCUGGCUUGGAGAAAGGGAAACCUGUUGAAGAACAGCUGAAAUUCUUGAAAGCCAGGGACACCAGGGUGCCUAAGGUGGAGGCCCUCAGUGGGAAGAAAAACGUAUGGGAUAUCCCAGAGGAACUUACCGAGUAUCCAACCAUUGUGGUAAGCGGUCACCAUGCAAAGCUUCACAUUGAAGGCCUUAGGCUUAUUAUCGAUGAGGGCGGCGGAUUAGAGAACAAUGCAGUGGCUGCAGUUGUGCUUCCGUCCAUGGAAAUUGUCCGCGAUAUUGAUAUUUUAGCAAAAUAGCCUCCAGAGUUUUGUGGUCCAUCGGCAUAAUCUGGUUUGGACAUGCUCCCGCUACCAUUGAAGGACAUAAUAAUCUAUUCCUGGAGCGAAUUUCUUCGAAGCCAAAAGAGACACAAGUGAGUUAACUGGAUGUGUGACACUGGUUGCUUUGCUAGCAUGAACUGUUGAUUGUUCCUUGGGGUACAAUAAUUCUGGGGAAAUGGAUACAGGUUUUAAGGGUAAGUUUUGCCUUCUUUUUUUGUUUUUUUUUUGAUCCGCUGUAAGUUUUGCCUUUUGUUCCAUGUAUAUUAGAGAAUACAUACAUCAAUAACAAAAGACGGACCAUCAUUAGGGGAUUAUUUGCAGAAACUCAGAACCAUCAUUAUGGAUUAUUUCCAGAAACUCAGGCACAAUAUUAUGUGCCAUUGUGAA